CGACAUUCCUUCCGACUUCCUUCUUCCAUCACCGGCCCUGCUCUCGCAGACGUGACCACUAGGUCCUCUUGUCGCCCUCCUCGGUCCCGUCAAACCUCCCUCUCUGCCAUCCUCCUCACGACAACCUACCGACUUUCCUUGGAAGGCGACAGGCCAAAGACUCAACACCUCUUUUGCCUCCCUGCCUAUCUCGACCCGUUGAUUCGGCCAUCGGGACAACCCACGACAACAACCACACGCAACAACCACCACCCUCAUCAACAACCCGCAGGAGCUAAACUCAACCCGUUGGACUUUGGAUCAGGAUCCUUUUCUGGCCGUUGGAGAAUCCUCUUUUAUGCUUUUUCCUUUUCUCUCUGUCUCUCUCCCGUUUGGAUAUAUCUCUGGCCCCAGGACCACCACUCCCCAGUUCUAGGACUUGUUAGAUAUCAACAGAUAACAAUGCAGCACCAUGCCAUCUUCGGUUACCAAACCCCUCCGGCGUCGCCUGGUUUCGACAACCCCAAGUGCACCAUCCAACAACCUUUUGCCGUGCCGCGACACUACCCGACACGGCCACUUGCUCCGGAGGAGAGGCUUGGCCGAGUGCUCGAGGGCACUCUGCAGCUGACUGAGAUCCUGGGAACUGGCGCGUAUGGCGUUGUCUACCUCGCUGUCGACCUCAAGACCGGAGGUAAAUACGCCGUCAAGUGCCUCAGCAAGUUCAACGCCGAUGGAACCCAAUUGGAGCCCCGCCAGUUUGCCUACCAACAACGAGAGAUCCGUCUUCACUGGAAGGCAUCCAACCACGCCAACGUGGUACAGAUGCUCAAGAUUGUGAAUGAUCCCGACUGCAUCUACGUUAUUCUCGAGUAUUGCCCCGAGGGCGAUCUCUUCCUGAAUAUUACUGAACGUGGUCAAUAUGUUGGUAAGGAUGAACUGUCCAGGAACAUUUUCCUCCAGAUCCUGGAUGCCGUGGAGCACUGCCACAACCUGGGAAUCUACCAUCGGGACCUCAAGCCGGAGAACAUCUUGGUAACAGACCGUGGAGACACUGUCAAGCUGGCCGACUUUGGCCUUGCCACUUCAGAUGAUCGAUCCGAGGACUACGGAUGCGGUUCAACAUUCUACAUGAGUCCAGAAUGCCUGGACCCCUCUGCUAGGAAGCCCUACUACAUGUGCGCCCCCAAUGAUGUCUGGAGCCUUGGAGUUAUCCUCGUCAACCUCACCUGUGGACGCAACCCAUGGAAACAAGCUUCCUUCCAGGACUCCACCUACCGGGCCUAUGCCGGAUCCAAGGACUUCCUGAAGACGAUCCUCCCACUCUCGGAUGAACUGAACGAAAUUCUGGGACGGAUCUUCGAACCCAACCCUGAGCAGCGGAUCACUCUCAACGAGCUCCGAACCAGGAUCAUGGCCUGCUCUAGGUUUACCAUGCCGGCCGUCUCUCCCCCGACACCACCGGCCUCACCAGACCACAUUACCGAAUACGUUUCUACCGAGGAUGCCAUCAUCGACGACUACGACUACGACUCGCCUCUGUCGCCGGCUUCAUCCUCUGACGAUGAGGGCUCGCUCACAUCGAGCGGCUCUACUAUUGACGACCUGGACGACGACUUCGACCAGGAACGCCAGAUGCCGCAGACUCCCCCGGAGUAUGCACCCCACGCUUUCGACCCCGAGGAGCCCAAGGAACACCAACUCAUCUACCACAGCCAGGAGUUUGUGCCCCAGAAGUACUCUGGGCCUGUCCCCGUCCCCGUGCAGGUGCCGGUGGCCGUUCCCCCUCAGCCCAUGCUCUGCCAGCCGGUUCCUGUACCUAUCCAGGCUCCUUGCCAACAACACAAAUCCUAUUUCCCUAUCUGGGAUAUGGUAAAAUACGUUCAACAUGUGCCCAUCCUGCAGCACCACAUACCCUUCCACCAGCAGGUCCCCUUUAUGCCUACGUUCCAAGGCUGCUAUUAG